AUGGCGCCGGUUCCAGCCAAAAGGAUAAAGACGCUUUCCGUGUCACGGCCCAUCAUCUAUGGUAAUACGGCCAAGAAAAUGACAGGCGUGAGACCACCCAAUGCGCCCGUGGAACACACGCAUAUGUGGACCAUUUAUGUCAAGGGACCACAGGGCGAAGAUUUGUCAACUUUUAUCAAGCGAGUGGUGUUUAAGUUGCACGACACGUAUCCGAAUCCUACGAGGAGUGUCGAGACGCCACCUUUUGAGUUGACAGAGACCGGAUGGGGUGAAUUUGAAAUUAACAUCAAAAUCCAUUUCAUCGAUGAAGCGAACGAGAAAAUGCUAAAUUUCUACCAUCACCUGCGGUUGCAUCCGUAUAAACAAGGUGAGAACCCGGUCGUUAAGAAGGAAUCAAGUGGCGAGGAACCCAUCACCGAAGUUGAGUCAGUAUUCUACGAUGAAAUCGUGUUCAAUGAACCCAAUGAAGACUUUUUCAAGAUUCUGAUGAAUUCUACAGAAAGCGUGCUUCCGUCAAAUAAAAUUGAGUCGCAACCGUUCUCGCGACAGUUGGAACAGGAAGACGUCGACAGACUUUCCAUUGGGAUCAGGAAAUUAGAUAAAGAAAUUGAAGAAAUGAAAGAAAAACUGACAGAAGAGAUAGCCAGUGGGUGA